AUGACGGAUAUGCGGAUAUACGGAUAUACGGAUGUCCAUCUAGGCCUCAGGCAACGCGUCUCUCUUUCGGACGGACUGACAAAACAUCAAACAGUGGUUCAGGGAUAUUGCUCCGCUACUGAAUAUCAUUUCGAUGAAGAGCAAGCAGACGCAAUUGUCCGAACUGCUUUCUACCAUUGCAAAGACGACUGUCUCUCCGUGAUCUGGUUUCCAUCAAGUGAACAUGCUGCCAUCCGUUCGUCAAUAGCAACACCCUUCGCGCAGACUUCAAGCACCGGACUCGGGUUUCUUAUAUGCUGCCCCUUGAGCACUUGUAUGAAACCUUGCCUCGGCUGGAAACAAACUCUCUAUUCAAGUUUCCAAAGAUUAAACCCUGGCCGAGACAUGUACCCGGAAGCGAUGUCGUUUCCAAUGCAUUCAAGAGGCUCCGGAAACAUAAAUGCAACUCUGGCCUCUGCCCGAAAGAAACUGCACUUGGCUAAAGCUGAAGUGAUGCGGUUGAAGUCAUUUAAGACUCUCACUGGAACCUAUUCGAUGGAUGAGAUUGCACAGAAGUCCCGCAUUGCCAUUGUUUCUGUUACGCAGGCUAUUUUGGUUUGCGAUCGUCAGCCGUCCGGAUCCACGCAAGCACAGCCAGAGAACGCAGGGCGAAAUCAAAAGUAUAACUUUAUGGGAGCCUAUGCACUUCCUUAUUCUGAUAAGCAGACUGGCACUGUCGAACACGGAAUUUCGUGUGGCGGAUGUCAACUCGCCCUUGAAAAGCGCAUCAUCGGCGGUAGAGGCGAGAAUUGGGCACUCGAGGCUCGAGACAGUUUAUGCACGAGAUUGCUGUUUAGCACAUUCUAG